AUGGUUAAAUUGGAUACUUUCGAGAUCGACCAUUGGGUUCUCACUCGCAGCCCGGGAGCAAAGCACAACCUGGCACACUCUUACGUCCGCCCAAUCUCGUUGCAUGACCUGGAAACACUCUCCUUCGAUGGAAGAAGCGAUGCCAAUAUUCUCAAGUCUAUCCAGCAAAUCCCUCUCGACUAUGGCUCCUCCUUCAAAGGGCUCCCCCGGGUACGAGAGAAUAUCUCUCGCCUCUACCCCGUGGAAAACGGACAUCUCUCCCCAGAACACAUCCUAACCACGCCCGGCGCAUCCUUGGCCAAUCUUCUAAUCUACCUGGCCCUCAUCGGACCGGGAGACCAUGUCAUCGUCCAGUAUCCCACCUACCAGCAGCUCUACUCGGUCCCCGCCGCCUUAGGAGCCGACGUCUGUUUGUGGCGAGCCAACCAAGAAGAUGGAUGGGGGUUAGACCUAGAAGAGCUGAAAGGUCUGAUUCGACCAAACACCAAGAUGAUCGUGUUAAAUAAUCCGCAAAACCCUACCGGAGCCAUCUUGGGAAAAAGCACCCUGGAGAAGAUCGUCGAGAUCGCCAAAGCAAACAGCAUUAUUAUACUUAGCGACGAGAUCUACCGUCCGAUCUUCCAAUCCCCUCCCCACGGAGACGCCGACUAUCCACCCUCGAUCCUCUCCAUGGGAUACGCCAACGUCGUCGCAACAAGCUCUCUUUCCAAGAUGUAUUCUCUGGCUGGUAUCCGCGUCGGCUGGAUAGCAAGCAAUAGCCCCUCGAUUAUCGACCUGUGGAUUAACGCCCGCGCGUACGGCUUAAUCACCGUCAGCCAGGUGGAUGAGCAACUCGCCGCCUCUGCGCUGAGUCCUUCCUGCGCCGAGAAGAUCACUCACAACAAUGAUACUCUAGCGAAGCGCAAUCUUGAGAUCGUCCAGGCAUGGAUCGACGAGCAUGCAUCUAUCGCUCGGUGGACACGCCCGUCUGCGGGGCCGAUCGGUUUUAUCCAAUUUACUCGUUCAGAUCAAUCGCCGAUAGAUGACGUGAGGUUUUGCAAUCAGCUGCUUGAGAGGACAGGCGUCCUGCUGGUUCCGGGAAGUAAGUGCUUUGGGCCUGAGUUUGCGGGCUAUGUGCGUCUUGGUUUUGGGAUGGAGACCCAGGCACUGAUCGAUGGGUUGCAAGCCCUGGCUGAGUUUAUUAAGGAAAGCUAUGACGACUUUUGA